UUGGAACAUGCGUGGCUUCCCGUUCAGUUGCGAUGGAUUUGCUAGCCUGUUACGACAGCGACAGUUGUGCAUCCAAUAGCCAUAAUGACUGCGACUGUGAUUGCGGAGAGAAUAGAAUGGGGCAGCAACCACUCGACGCGAUACUCGCGGUUUCCGCUGAAUCCCCUCCGGAAUCGCACUCCACCGUGAUACCCUCCCAGACUCUAGGGUGUGUGACGAUUAUUGCUAGCGGUCCGGACGACACACGCCUCAACGAGUCGGUGACGGGCCUUUUUACCAGAACGGUACCACAUCGGGUAGGCAAUUGGGCGGGACACGUCUUUUUGGACGUCACGUCCACCCUCCGGAAUCCGUCGGACCCCGACGACCAGAUCGGUGCCUUUGCCGAACGCUGUCGACGGGUUUUGCAAGAAUUUGGGCAAUCGGGAGUACUGGUAGCACCCCACCCUACGGCUUCAUUCCACGUGUCGCUGGCUCGGCCCUUUUACGUCCACAUCGCCUGUAUCGAUUCGUUCGUCAGACAAUUGAGGAUACGUCUCGAGAGCCGCAUAGCGGACGCUUUCCGGGGCGAGAACAACCAUACCGCACUGAUCCCGAUUGUUUCGUCAAAACCUGUCGUGCUCGUCAACGAGGAGAAGACUAGAUCUUUCUUCGCCUGGUCCGUCGUCUCAAACCAUAUACUACGUGAGUUGGUAAAGGUAGUCGAUGAGGUCAUGGAUUUGUAUCGAUUGUCACACUACUACGACCCACCAACGUUUCACGUUUCGGUGGCUAGCUUCCCCGGAGAUCUGUCGACGAUACGCGAGCGUUUGGAAGAUACGUUACGGCUGGACUCAGGAUGUGAUAAAACUCGUCCAGGAAUCCUCUACCAUCGCGUAGCCAGCGUUCAUUGCACGUUCGGAACCACUAAGGCGUUUCAAAUUCCCCUGGACUGACAGUGAAUCAAAACACAGACUCGUCACGGUAGCUAUAAAUUCAUGCGCUGGCUUAACAAUCUCCACGCUGUAAA